CAUCUGGGCUCAGUUCUUCAUUGACUGCAUUCAUCUCCUUCUGGCCUCCUCAGGUUGUCCCGUUGAAAGGGCUGUGGGAAGACGUCGCACCGACGUUGCCGAAUGAACAUUUUAAUGGCUCACGCCUAUCGCCUCCUGAAGCCGGGCGGGGUCUUCACCUAUUGCAACCUGACAUCCUGGGGGGACCUGCUGAAGAGCAAGUAUUCGGACAUCGAAAGGAUGUUUCAGGAAACACAAAUUACGCACCUGGUGGAGGCAGGCUUUGAGGCCAAGAACAUCCACACUACCAUUAUGGACCUUGUUCCUCCAGCUGACUGCCGAUACUAUGCCUUCCCCAAGAUGAUCAUCCCCGCCAUCUUCAAAUAGAUGUGAUCUCUCUCCCCAGGGAGAAGGAACAGAAAAGGGACUGGUGUGUUGGCAGCAGACACCCGCAGUCUCCAAGCAGCCAGAG